AUGUCACAAAAGGCACUAGACUAUGAGUCAAUUAAUGAAAAUGUGAAGAAGGCUCAGUAUGCUGUUAGAGGAGAACUAUAUCUGCGAGCUUCGGAGCUUCAGAAAGAAGGAAAAAAGAUUAUUUUCACAAAUGUUGGAAAUCCUCAUGCUCUUGGACAGAAGCCAUUGACUUUUCCACGUCAGGUUGUUGCUCUUUGCCAAGCUCCCUUUUUGUUGGAAGAUCCUAAUGUAGGAUUAAUAUUUCCUGCUGAUGCUAUUGCACGAGCCAAAAGUUACCUCUCCUUGAUUCCGGGAGGCCUAGUUGCUUACAGCGAUUCCCGAGGAAUUCCUGCAAUCAGGAAGGAAGUAGCAGACUUUAUAGGAAGGCGAGAUGGCUAUCCCAGUGAUCCAGAACUCAUAUACCUCACUGAUGGCGCUAGUAAGGGUGUAAUGCAGAUAUUGAACACUAUUAUCCGUGGUGAAGGGGAUGGGAUUUUGGUCCCGGUUCCGCAAUACCCUCUUUACUCAGCUACUAUUGCACUCUUUGGGGGCUCUCUUGUUCCAUACUACCUAGAAGAGACUGCAAAUUGGGGUCUUGACAUUAAUGAUCUUCGCCAGUCAGUCGCGCAGGCUCGCUCCAAAGGAAUUAAUGUAAGAGCUAUGGUGAUUAUAAAUCCUGGCAACCCCACUGGCCAAUGCCUUAGUGAAGCAAAUCUGAGAGAGAUUCUGAACUUCUGUUUCCAAGAGAAUUUGGUCUUACUCGGAGAUGAGGUGUAUCAGCAAAAUGUAUACCAAGACGAACGCCCUUUCAUUAGUUCUAGAAAGGUAUUACUAGAUAUGGGUCCACCUAUUAGCAAUGAGCUGCAGCUUAUUUCUUUUCACACCGUGUCGAAAGGAUAUUGGGGAGAAUGUGGACAACGUGGGGGAUACUUUGAGAUGACCAACAUUCCUCCAAGGACGGUUGAUGAAAUAUAUAAAGUUGCUUCUAUAUCACUCAGCCCAAACGUUCCUGCCCAGAUAUUUAUGGGUUUGAUGGUCAAUCCUCCCAAGCCUGGUGAUUUUUCAUAUGAUCAGUAUAUUAGCGAAAGCAAGGGGAUCCUUGAAUCACUAAGGAGAAGAGCAAGAAUAAUGACCGAUGGAUUUAACAGCUGCAAAAAUGUAGUCUGCAAUUUCACUGAAGGUGCCAUGUAUUCGUUCCCACAAAUACGCCUCCCGCCGAGAGCAAUCGAGUCUGCCAAACAGUUAGGAAAAGUGCCUGAUGUUUUAUACUGCCUCAAGCUCUUAGAAGCCACUGGAAUCUCCACUGUUCCAGGCUCAGGAUUUGGGCAGAAAGAAGGGGUGUUCCAUUUGAGGACAACAAUCUUACCAGCUGAGGAAGACAUGCCUGAAAUCAUGGCAAGUUUCAAGAAGUUCAACGAUGCAUUCAUGGAGGAAUAUGGGGCAUAGUGGUUAUUCAAGAAUGUGAUCGGGACAGCUUCCUUGGCUCGAUCCGGAUUCGCUAUGUACUCUUCAGUUACUGUAAAGCUUUUGCAAGAAAUACAUAUUCUAACCUUACUAUGAGAACUUAAUUAUUCUA